GACACGGGGGGCGGAGCCGUUCCGCGGCUGGGCCCGGGUUAUCGCCGCCCCUAACUUUACUGGUGACAGACCGCAGGGCCGGGGCUGCCAGCACCUGCCAGGCGCGGCCGUUACGGGAGGAGCUUCUUCGCUCCCCCGGCUGCCAACCGUCCCUCUGGGGAGCCUCCCGGGCCCCGCCACCGGCAGUGGGCGAGCGGUCGGGGAAGCUCCACCAUGGAGGCAGUCACGGCAGGGGAAGUCAGUGUCCAAGAUGAGGCUGUGGAGAAAAGUACCUUUAAGGAAUGCAACCAGAUUGCUUUUUACAGGCGUCAGAAACUUCUACAUCCUGGAAAAACUUUGUAUAGAGUGUUGCUGGAUUCUGUCACAUUAAGUGAUGAAAAUGUCAAAUUCCAAAUAAUUAAUGAAGAAAACAAGGUUCUUUUACAAGUAGAAAUUUGUGAAAUAGAGGGCAAUAUUUUCAGGAUUAAAAUUGAUGAAGCAUCUCCUCUCAGAGCGAGAUACAGAGUUCCUGAUGUUCUUAUAAAGGAACCUACCACCAAGAGAUUCUCCAUCUCUCAGAAGGAGGCAGGUAUUUUGGUGCUGUCAAGUGUUAAGGAGGACUACAGAGUUCAGGUCACAGCAAACCCCUUCCAUCUUGAGCUGCAGUCCAAGGGUGAGACUGUUCUGAGCAUGAAUUCCAAUGGGUUGUUAUAUUUUGAGCACCUACAACCACCUCCCAGUGAUAGAAAGCCUACAGCAGAAAAUAAGGAAGCAGCAAGUGAUUCCUCUAAGGAGAAACAAGAGGAUCUAGGUCUCUGGCAAGAGAAAUUUGGCAGUUUCUUAGACAUCAAAGCUCAUGGGCCUAGUUCUGUAGGCACAGACUUCUCUUUAUGUGGAUUUGACCAUGUUUAUGGAAUACCACAGCGUACAGAAGCACUUCUUCUCAAAAACACCAGUGAUGGUGAUGCCUACCGGCUUUAUAAUUUGGAUAUCUUUGGCCACAAGACACAUGACAAAAUAGGCAUUUAUGGUUCAGUGCCCCUUCUCUUAGCACACAAGCCUAACAGAACUUCAGGGAUCUUCUGGCUGAACUCUUCAGAAACACUGGUGGACAUUAAUACAAAGGCAGUAGCUGAGCAUGUGCUGUCUGGAUCUGCUGCACAGACUGCUAAGCAGAGAGCCAUGCCUGUAACUGAUGUGCGGUGGAUGUCAGAGAGCGGCAUCAUUGAUGUUUUCCUGCUGAUGGGGCCCACUGCAUUUGAUGUCUUCAAGCAGUUUGCACAGCUGACAGGUACUCAAGCCCUGCCCCCUCUUUUUUCACUCGGCUACCAUCAGUGCAGGUGGAAUUAUGAGGAUGAGGAGGAUGUCAAGGCAGUGGAUGCUGGCUUUGAUGAACAUGACAUUCCUUAUGAUGUGAUAUGGCUGGACAUAGAGCACACUGAUGGCAAGAGGUAUUUUACCUGGGACAAAAAGAAGUUCCAGAAUCCCAAAAAGAUGCAAGAACAUCUGAAGAAGAAAAAACGCAAGCUUGUCGUCAUUGUAGAUCCCCACAUUAAGGUUGACCCCAUGUAUGCCCUGUAUGCACAGGCAAAAGAGAAGGGAUAUUUUGUGAAAGACAGAAAUGGGAAAGACUUUGAAGGCAUCUGUUGGCCAGGUUCCUCCUGCUACCUGGAUUUCACCAAUCCUGAAGUGCGGAAAUGGUACGCAGAACAAUUCGCCUUCAAAGCUUACAAGGGAUCCACUAACAUCCUCUAUGUAUGGAAUGACAUGAAUGAGCCCUCGGUCUUCAAAGGAGCAGAACUAACAAUGCAGAAAGAUGCUGUGCACUACAACAACUGGGAGCAUCGGGAAGUACACAACCUCUACGGAUUCUAUCAGCAAAUGGCAACUGCAGAAGGCCUCAUCAGACGUUCUUCAGGAAAAGAGAGACCAUUUGUCCUCACACGAUCUUUCUUUGCGGGAUCACAGAAGUAUGGGGCAGUGUGGACUGGAGACAACACAGCAGAGUGGAGUUAUUUGAAAAUAUCCAUUCCAAUGCUUCUCACCCUCAGCAUGGCAGGGAUUUCGUUCUGUGGAGCUGACGUGGGAGGGUUUAUUGGAGAUCCAGAACCAGAGUUACUUGUUCGCUGGUAUCAGGCUGGAGCCUACCAGCCCUUCUUCAGAGGUCAUUCUAACAUGGAGAGCAAACGGCGAGAACCAUGGCUCUUUGGGGAGAGGAACACCCAGAUCAUCAGGGAAGCCAUCAGAGAGCGCUACGUCCUGCUGCCCUACUUGUACACACUCUUCUAUCGGGCACACACAGCAGCGGAGCCAGUCAUGAGGGCUCUCUGGAUAGAGUUUCCAGGGAAAACUGAAACUUUUGGUGUGGAAAAUGAGUACAUGCUGGGAAAUGCUUUGUUGGUGCAUCCAGUCACAGAGCAAGAGGCCAAGACAGUGAGUGUUCUGCUUCCGGGGCCAGAGGAGAUCUGGUAUGAUUUCAGAAAAUUUAAACGGGUGGAAGAUCCAGGCACUUUGAAGAUCUCAGUAACACUGGAAAAUAUUCCUGUAUUCCAGCGAGGAGGCACUGUAAUACCUCUGAAGAUCACAGCUGGAAAAUCCACUGAAUGGAUGAUGGAUACUCCUUAUGAACUUCGUGUGGCCCCGGACACAGAGGCCCGUGCAGUAGGUGAGCUCUACCUAGAUGAUGGACACUCAUUUCAAUACCUCCACAAGAAGCAGUUCCUGUAUCGGAAAUUCACUUUCCACAAGAACAUUCUCUCUUCCAGCCACAAAGAUCAAAGUGGACAAUACCACAGCACAUGUGUGAUUGAACGGGUGAUAGUUCUGGGAUUUGGACAGCAACCCACUUCAGUGACAGCCUGUUCCAAGGAGGGGGAAGAAAGAAAAGUGGUUUUCACAUACAAUGUGAAGAACUCUGCACUGAUGCUGGAAAACUUAGCCCUGAGUCUUGCUGCUGACUGGAAGAUUUGCAUCAACUGAAAGCAGACACAACUUCUUCAGAGAAUUCACUGAGUGACUGAGAGGAGAUAGUGGGAGGAUUUUAAAUACUCAUUUGAAUCCAAUCAAAUGAAGGAACAUAUUUCCCACCCACAUCCCCAAACUGACAUUUCCUACUAUUUUUUGUUUAAAGCACAUUUGAAGUUGGAUAACUCUUUCAUCCAGCAAAAAUAACAGCACUUGGAUUGUACCUUUGGGGGAAAAGCUAAAUGUUAUCUCCUCCAGGGCAUUUUCAGUGGGACAUUAAGACUGAGAUUGGCCUUAACUUGCACUGAUAAAUCAUAAAACAGUGGAAUGAGAUUGUGGCUUGCUGGUAUAAGGUUUAAUUUAAAUUGCACUACCCAGAGACUGGAGUUUUUGAGAGAAGUAGAACUGGGCCAAUUUGACAAGCAAAAAAACACAGCAGGAGCCACCCAGUGUGAUGACAGACAAAGACUUCCCUUUUCCAGUCUUUAUGAUGAUGCAGAAUUAGGCAGUCAGUACAGGAAAGUACGUAACAGGCUUGCCAAGCAAUUCAGUCAUGGAAGGUAAGGUUUGAGUGGGUUGUGGCUGUCAGUUGAGCAAUACUAAAAGACAGUGAUGUGCAAGUGAAGAAGUCUCUCCAGUAACUGGCUUUGAAAAGUCACAGGUGUACUUAAGUGUAAUACUGGCUUAGGGUAGCAGCUGGACUCAUGUGUAAACAUCUUCCAUAUCAUUAUUCUCCUGUCUCCACAAGGCUACUUUCAAAAGUCUUCUAUUAGGAAAGAAUUGGUGGGUUUGGAUGAUUGAAUGUCAUUGGUUAAUAUCAGCCCAGUCAAGCUCUGUUUCUCCCAUUCUUCCAGAUCUUUACAAGGUUACACAUAUUUUGUGUAAUUUCUUGGUCAGUUUUUAGCAUUGGGCUGAGAUUUGAGCUUACUAUUUAUUAAGCAAACUUUUAAUGGGAUAAAUUCAGUCAUCCCACUUCAUGCUUAUUCCCCCAUUCUCUUAAAACUCACCCUGACAUUUCCUUGCCUCCUUUUUGCUCCCUCCAUCUCUACAAGCACAAGUGAUGAGUCUUGAUGCUUUUUUAACAUGCAAAAUUAGGAGAUACCCUGCCUAUUCCUACAGUCCUUUCCACAUCAGGCAUUGCUUUUCUGCAGCCUACUGUUGCUCCAUGGCUCAAAUUGUCUGCUCUUUGCCAUUUGCUACACUUGUCAACUAUAUUGUUUUUAAAACAGUUCUAAUUCAAACCUGAGUGCUUCAUUAGUUGAUUUUGUGGAUAUAAAAGGGCAACAUUUACUGCAUUUCUUUUAGCAAAAGCUGGAAGAUUUGUUUUCAUUAAAAAGAUAAUAAAAUCAGCUCUUAGAAAACAGAAAAUGAUGGUCACCAUUUUUGCCCAGUGAAGGUAACUCAGCAAGUCCAUUCUACAUUGGUUCUUGAUGUUCUUGCUCUUUCCUUCCUGGGCUUGUUCAGUCCUUCCCACCUGCUGCUGUUAUUCCUCUGCAGGGUAGACUUUUGGCAAGAGUAAGUGCAAGUCUGAACUGUGACUACUCUUGCUUCCUGACUACCAAACACAGCUGGCUUCCUAUCAGACCCUUAAGUUCCCUUUUUCUCAUUCUGCAGAGCUGUUUGUCAGCUUGUUCUAUCAGAGAACACAAGCCUGUGGCUCUAGGAACUGGCAGCCUAAAUACUGCUGUGCUUAAUGCAGUGGAGUCAAUGCAAGUAGAACAGUAGCAAAUAAAUCUUUUACAUCUGUGAGAAGUAAGAUAGACUCUAUUUUCCCAUCAGAUUCUGAGCUUUAAUUGAUGGUUGCUUCUUAUGUUUAAACAUAGCAGUACUUCUGACAGGGCAGAAUUAUUGUCAUGAGCACUUGAAUGACACAUUUUAACUGGCAUUUCUGAAGUUAGAAAAUAAAUGAAAUAAAGUAACAAUGAAA